CAGAGUCACUGUACCUGUUCCAAGCGAUCACCAUGCCAUCCUCCAUCUCUUCCGCUCCGUCCCAAUCCCUCCAAACACUCUUGGCCUCCGCUCGUCCUUUCCUUCGCGGCGAGCUCGAAGCCAUCGACAAGAAAUUGCCUGCUCAGGUGGCUGUCCUGCGCUCGGUGGGAGCUGGCGAGUGCUGGCACAAGCACGGUAAUUUUCUCGACCAUUUGAUGGACAUACAUCGGAUUCUCAAGAUCUGGAAAGCGCCGGACUACGUCUGUCUUUGCGGCCUCUUUCACUCCUCUUACUCCAACUCCUACGUAAAUCUCGCCAUAUUUGAUCCUAACACAGGGCGCGAUGUUGUCCGCGGCCACGUCGGUGAGGCCGCCGAGCGUCUGAUUCACCUGUUCUGUGUCAUCCCAAGGCAACCGAUCAUCCACGACGAUCUUCUGUUCAAGUACUCCGAUUCUGAACUCAUCGAACACCUCAAGCAAUCGGAGAUUUCGGUUAAGAAUGCGAAGGAAAAGGGUUUGUUUAAUAGAGAGGAAAUUUGGAGGAAGAAAUUGAACACUCUGAUCCCUGCAAACGGCAUCACAGUGGAGCAUAUAAAAACGGGUGACGACGUUGUCGUUUCGAGAAGGAUAUUGGCUACUUUUCUCAUGAUGACAAUAGCCGAUUUCAGCGACCAGCUAUUUGGAUUCCAGGAUCGACUCUUUAACAACCACGAUGGCCGGCUUGAUUUUUUCGGGAACAGCUACACUGCUUUGUGGCCCGGGGACGGAAAGCCGGGGCUUUGGCUGAAUUCGGCAUCGAGGAUGGGUGCAAUUUAUACGUUGCUUGUGAGGGAGGAGGAGAUUUAUGUGGAGGAAAGAAAGAGGACUGGCGGAAUUGAAGUAGAUAACGGCAGAGAUGAGGACAUCGAUCUCGUUGUGCCGCCGGUGUUUGACGGCUGCACCAAGGUGGUUGAUGCCAAGGGCCAGAUAGAAGCACUGGACUUGUACUGGGAAGCUGUGUGCUUGAAAGAUAAUCCCAAGGGAGGACAGGGGAAAACAGAGGAGUUGCUUUUGGGCUCCAUUGAGAAGAACCCAUUUGUGGGUGAGCCAUAUUUGGUUUUGAGCCAGCUUUAUCUGUCCCAGGAAAGGUUUGAGGAGGCUGAGAAGUUGGCUGAGAAAGGGCUGACUCUUUUGCUGGGGUGGGGCAGCCCAUGGGACAAGAGGAUGUCAUGGGGUGGAUGGGUUGCUUGGGCUAGGGUUCUGUUGAUGAAGGCUAAGGAAAAGGCCUGGCCCAAUACUUCCUGGGGCAUCCUCAACCUAGGCCUUGUUGGGUAAGCGGCUAAUAUCAUUUCGCACACUUCCAGUUUGUGAUUAGUAAUCUAGUCUAAAUAAGAGCGAACCUAAAUAACCGAAUCAAUGUUAUACACGGACAAGUUACCGUGCCUACUGCGUGGCAUAGUUAUUAAUAUUAGUUAGCUUGUAAAGUAAUGAUCACUUGUUUAGGAGAGUGUAGAAGGUUCAAACAAUUAGUAUAAUUUGUUAUGAAUGGUUAAAGAAGAUAUGAACCUACUGUCUGUUCUAGUGCAUGGUGCAGGUGAUGUUUAAGGCUGAUGUUGAAUUAAUGGUAAAGUGAGUU